AUGUUCAGGAUCUUUAAUUUUCGUGAAGGUCGUCCCGACAGAAGAUUGGUUUCCAAUAGAAGACAUUUGAAUGCUCAUGCUAAUGAAAACGGAAAAUCCAGAAGUAGCUCUGGUGUGGUUAGCACAAUUGAUGAGAAGUACCUUCAAAUUGGUGUAAGUUCUGAUUAA